CGAUUUAACAUUUACUUUGGUGAUCGGUGCCAAUUCAUUAAAUUAACAGUGAUAGAGACAGAAAUAAUGAAAGCGUCUCAAUCAAAUGAUAACGAGCAGUUGCUAAUAUGCAACGUUCGAUCGGCAGGAACGAAGCGAAUUUUAUUCAUCAUUGGAAGUUUGUGCAUUUGUUUUGUGCUAGUGCUGUUUUUCUUACUGAACAAUGUUGAAAUGGUUGAAACAAAAGAGCGUCUUAAAAGAUCGACGAUUGAAAAAGUUGACUUCAAUAAUGUCAAUCAAGUGCGUAAAUUCGAUGGCCAAAGAAGUGAAUUUGGACACCGUCAAAAGCGAUUUUCGUCGGUUGAUCCCGUCCACUUCGAAAUACCCGUGCAACAAAAAGGUUUAAGAACAAAACGAUUGACCGAAAAUUUACAACAGUUAAAAGUGCAAUAUCAGCUCUGUAAAAAGUCCAGUGCCGACAAACGUGAAUGUGACAAAUAUUUCAAUGAAAUGGUUAAAAUAAGUGAAGCGAUUAAUCACGAGAUUAAAACGCUCGGUGAAGGUGAUCAAGAUUUUCAAACCGUUCAUCAAGAAAUUGUUCAGCGCGAAUUACCAUUGCCGCCGUGGCCGGAACCAGUUGGAGAACCUCUUAAUGAAGUGAAUCAAGAAGAAAAAGUGCCACAUAAUAUGAAAUCGUUUACACAUUUUCCACGCAUUCAUGAAGAAUUAGAUAAAAAACGAAUGAAUUUAUGGAAUGUUGAUGAUACACCAAAAUCACCACAAAAAAUGCCAAGACCACCAGCACCGGAUCGUUUGUUAGCUCCGAAUUUUCAUCCAAGUCGCUUACAAUCAUCACAUGCUACGUUUCGUGAUAAUGAGAAAAUCAAUCAGCUGAAAAAUCUAAAUGUUGGUGACCAAAAUGGUCAAAUUAUGCAGUUGUGUGAACAGUUAAUCCGUAGUCAAAAUGCACACUCGGAUCAAUCGGCUUCAGGCGGCAAUUUGCCUGGACCCACAUCAAGCGGAUUUGUCACGAACAACGUUCAACCUUAUAAUAACCAGAAUUUCCAAAACCAAAUACCAAAUACAAAUCAAAAUUUCCCAUCACCACCACAACAACAGCAGCAACCGCAGCAAAAACUGCAACCGCAGCAGCAAAUACAGCAACAAUUUAGUCCCAUAGGUGCUGUUGGGCCAGUAUUUGUGCGUUCCAAUCCAAUUUCGACUCCCGUAUGCAUGUUCCCACAUUGCCAGCAUCUACAAUCAGUGCAGACCGUACCAGUUGGCCAAAGUAUGUUUUUACCCCAACAACAGUUCAUAGCGCCGCAGCAACAGUUUAUUUCACCGGUUACAGGUGGCGGUGCGAAUCGAGUUAUUUUGGUUAAUUCAAAUACGCAGCAAUUCGCAACCACGUCACCGAGUGGUAUGGGUUUUGUUCAGCUCGUAAGUCCGCCACUUCAAGCCCGAUCCGAAUCGCCAGCCGAUGAAUCGGAUGAUUGUCCACAUUCAGCGAAGCACCAAUUUCAAAAUACCACAAAAAUAUCGUCGAAACUAAAAAGUGCCAAACAGAGUUCCGGACAACCAUUUAUAUCGUUUCUGAAUCAAAUGGUGCCGAACAACACCAUAAGUCCGUUUAAUACAUGCAAAGAAGGUGAAACAUCAUGUAUAAAUUCGCAUCAAUGUGUUAUAAAUGAAAAAUGGUGUGACGGUGUGGUUGAUUGCUUGGACGCCAGCGAUGAAACAUCGUGUUCAUGUGUGUCUCGCUUGAAUUCCGAUAAAAUUUGUGACGGAUAUUUGGAUUGUCCUUUGGGUGCCGAUGAAAUUGGAUGUUUUGGCUGCAACAAACACUCAUAUUCGUGCUACAACAAUGCUGACGACUAUCAACACUCGAAAACCGCAUUGGGCGCCAUGUGUUUCACUUUGGAUCAGAAAUGCGAUGGUUUCACAGAUUGUUUGAACGGAAAGGACGAAGAGGAUUGUUCAAUGCUUAUCAAGCACAUUGGAUUGCAUACGUCGUUUAUGGUGCCGAACACCGAAGGUGUUUUAUAUCGAAACUACCGAGGACGUUGGUAUCCGGUGUGUGAGUAUUCCUUGAAUUGGGCCAAAGACGCAUGCGAAUCCGAAAUGGGUGAACUGUCCGGAUUUCCAGAAGUUCAAAGUCAUUUGGGCCUAUUGCCGGGCAAAUUUAUUUCAUUGUCUUCGCACGAUGAGAGGGAACAUUUAUCGAAUCGGAUUCGCUUUUCGGAUACUUGUCCCACUCAAAAAGGACGAGAUAUUCAUAUUCGAGUCAAGUGUCCACCGAUGAAAUGUGGUAGCAUUAAAAAACCGUUGUCGAAUCUACCGAAUCUUCGUAUUCGAAAUGAAAAUGAGCGCCACAAACGUGAUGAAUAUCUACGAAUCGUUGGCGGAGACCGAUCUGGACCCCAUAGUUGGCCAUACAUUGUUGCCAUUUACAAAGACGGAAAGUUCCAUUGUGGUGGUACGGUUUUCAACGAGUUUUGGAUCCUUUCGGCUGCUCAUUGUGCGAUGAAAGCGGGUAGAAAUUACUAUGAAGUGCAUGCCGGUUUGCUUCGUCGGUAUAGUUUUGCGCCCGAGGUUCAAAUCCGAAAGGUUGAUGCUGUUAUUGUGAAUGAUGGUUUUGAUCGAUUUGAAAUGUUGAACGAUGUCUCACUGUUCCGCAUGGAAAAGCCAUUGAAUUUCAAUCGAUGGAUACGACCAAUUUGUUUACCAUCUCCUGAACGAGUUACCAAUCAAAUGGAUCCGAAUUGGAUGGACGGACCACCGCCGGGAACCACUUGUACUGUUGUUGGCUGGGGUGCAUUAUCCGAGGGUGGAUCGAGUCCCGACAAUUUGGAAGAAGUGAAUGUACCAAUAAUGAAGAAUUGUAAGACAUCAGUUGACAUCAGUGGCAAUGAGAUUUGUGCUGGUGAAAAAGAUGGUGGCCACGAUGCUUGUCAGGGCGACAGUGGAGGACCAUUAAUAUGCCGAAGUAAUUUGGAUCCAAACGAAUUUUAUCUUGCUGGUAUUGUAAGUCAUGGUGAGGGAUGUGCUCGACGCAAUGAACCUGGUGUUUAUACACGUGUCGCCUUGUAUAUUGACUGGGUCAAUACAAUGAUCAAUUCAGAUCUUCGAACAACCGCCGCUUUUACAAAACGUGAAUGUCCUGGUUUCACGUGUGUUUGGAGUGGUCGCUGCAUUUCAAAGGAAUUUGUUUGUAACGGUCAAGUCGAUUGUUUGAAUGGCGAAGAUGAAUUGAAUUGUGCAUUCCACCCGGGUGGUAGACCGAGGAAGAGAGUUGGCAGAGAGAAAACCGAUGACCAUGAACUUCCUGAAGGCGGCGGAAAUUCAGAUAUACCACGUGGUCAACUUGAUCAGAAAAAGAAAUCAAGCACAAAAGCUCCAGCCACUGUCGCUACAACUACAGAAGCAUCUGCCGCCGUGAGGCCGAUCGCUUCGACAACAGAAGUAUUAACAACCGAAGCACCUGACACUGUGAAACCGGUUGCUACGACUACGUCAGCACCUGUCACUGUAGCGCCGCUUCGCACGACAACGGAAGCACGUGUGACCGUGAAACCCAUUCCUUCAACAACAGAAGCGUUAAUCACCGAAGCACCUGUCACCGUAAAACCUAUCGCUACGAUUGCGUCAGCACCUGUCACUGUAGCGCCGAUUCGUACGACAACGGAAGCACGUGUGACCGUGAAGCCCAUUCCUUCGACAACAGAAGCGUUAAUCACCGAAGCACCUGUCACCGUAAAACCUAUCGCUACGACUGCGUCAGUACCUAUCACUGUAGCGCCGAUUCUGACGACAACGGAACCACCUGUCACCGUGGGACCGAUUUCUACAACAACAGAACCCAUUGAACCGGUUCUUCCAAUCACUCCAGUAACUGACACACCUACUGCAACUACAACGGUUGCUAAUCACCCAGAAAAAUUGAAUACCACCCUUCCUUCAGUAAAAACGAAACGCAAAACAACUACUGAAGAUAUAAACAUCACAUCAACCCCUGUUCCCCUUGUGACGACUACAAAGAGUCCGAAACAUUCAAGUUCAAUUGAAAAGCCAGCCGAUUCAGGUCCAUCGGUAUUUGAUCAAGAAGACCUGGGCCCAACGAAAGCAACCGAUUUACGAAACGGCACGCUUGAAACGACUACAGAAGGAUUUAUAAUCCCUGAAGCUAAAGAAGGCGCCAACAUUUUCAUAUGUAAAAACAUUACCCAAACGAUAGACAUUGCAAUGCGAUGCGAUAGAAACGAUGACUGUGAAGACGGCACCGAUGAACAAAACUGUUCUUGUCGGGAUAUAUUGAAAAAUGGUUAUGCUCAUUUGAUUUGCGACAAGCAUGUCGAUUGUUUGGAUCUCUCCGACGAAAAAGGUUGUUCUUUGUGCAAGAAAGAUGAAUUCGAAUGUCGAAAAUCAAAACAGUGCAUUCCAAAAGAUCAGCAGUGUGACGGACACGAGGAUUGUAAAUUUGGCGAAGACGAGCAGGAAUGCAUUGCUUUGACCGAUGGUAAAGUGGUCUUAAUGGAUGCCGAAUUGAAACCAGCCUUAAGACAUGAGGGAGUUUUAUGUGAAAAUGCGAAUGGCAGAUGGUCGGUGCGAUGCGUCCGACGAAUGGAACCUCAGAAAAACUCUGAAUUGGCUGGCGAAACGUGUACACUUCUAGGUUUUAGCGGAUAUGUUUCGCACAAUGUCAUCAUGGUCAAUAAAGACGGUGACUUUAAACCAAAGCCGAGAGAUCACAAUCACCGAGUUAACUUUAUGCGGCAAACAGUUUUUGAUCGUCAUUCAAUGCCUCGAUUCAUGUUCAAAAGAAGCUUAGACAUCAAUAAAUUUUUGCAUGCGUCACAAGACGAUGAUGAUCUUAACAUGUCCGAUAUUAUUGUUGGGGCACCGCGUGAAUGCUUUGCGUUAUCGAUCCAAUGUGUUCCACAUAUGGUGAUGCCAAUUAUAAAUCCAACCCCAGGCGAGCUCUUACCAAGUGAUAACAAAACAUCACCACCAACAUCAACAAUUACACCUGUGACAACACCGAAACCAACGGCACACCCAACGGAACCACAACAAUCGAAACCAAUUGAACCGGUCAUACAACCCGAAAAAGUGCCAAAUAUUAUUGUUCCGAUUCCGGCAAAUGAUACACAAGAGGACAUAAUUGUUGACAACUUCAGUGCACCAUGGAUUGCAAGUAUUUUCAUUGAUGGCGAUUUAUCAAGCAUUGGCGUUUUACUGGAUCGGUAUUGGGUGUUGAGCGAGAAAACAGUCAUCGAUUCGGUCAAUUUGGACCAACAUGUAAUCAAUGUUAUUUUAGGACAUUCGAAGAGUCCACCCAACGUUUUAACGCUAACCGAGCAGAUAAUUCGUGUCGAUUGUGUUCGCGCCUUGCACAAUUCGACUUCCGCAAUUUUAUUGCAUUUAGCCAAUUCACCGAAAUUUGAUCGAUACACGUUGCCAACGUUUUUAUCGCCACGCAUCGAUAAAAAUGAUGAGGAUUGUGCUGCCAUUACGCAUGGGCCGACUGGAGGUUUUGUCAGUAUUCCAAUCGUACGAAAUGAGACCGAUUGUCCAGAUGAACAAAGCAAUUGCUACCAAACCGAAGAACUGAUUGAAAAUAUAAAAUGCGAUGGAUUUGAUGCAUCCAAAUACGGAUUAGUUGUUUGUCGAUCAGAACAAAAUAACACAUACUAUCCGAUUUCAAUUUUCUCACACGAUGACGGGCUAUGCACCUUUAAUAAUUUGACACAAAUUCAGCCACUGGAAUAUAGUUACCGAAGCAUUGAAUCGAUUUUGAAUUGGCCAUUGUGUUCGUAUAAAAAAGAGAUGCCAGCCUGCUCAGGCCACCGUUGCCCAUUGGGCGAAUGCAUUAGCAAUGAAAGAGUUUGUGACAAAACGCCCGACUGCGUAGACGGCAGCGAUGAACACGAAGAAUUGUGCCGGAAAAAGAAGAAAUGUACACCACAAGAACUGCAAUGUGGCGACGGCACCUGCGUGUCCAAAACAAAGUUUUGCGAUCGAGUGGCAGACUGUAAAGAUCUCAGUGAUGAACCAAAGGGAUGCACUUGUUUCCAAUAUUUCGAAUUAACAGAUCCACGGAAAAUUUGUAAUGGAAUUCCCGACUGCCAUGAUAAGUCGGAUGAGAACCUGAAUUGCCCAUGUCGACGAGAGAGUUUCCGAUGCGGAGAUUCCGGCAUGUGUGUUCCGCCUCAGUUUGUCUGUGAUGGACAAUCCGACUGUCCCAGUGGCGAAGACGAGCAAUCUUGUCAUGGCGUUGAAGAAGGAUAUGAAAACAGCGGAUAUUACCGUGUUAUUGAGCGAUCGGCUGGCGAAUGGCAGACAAAAUGCUUAUGGAAAGCGCAUCCAAAUCCUCCAUCAAAAGUGGAACUUAAACAUAUAUGCAAUGAAUUGGGUUUCGUAAAUGCAACAAAUAUUCAGUAUCAUCUUUUGGACACUGCAAAAGAGGACACACCGAAAUAUCCACAGAAAUCCACCAAAGUUAUUUGGAAAAAUGUAUUUUCCGUUGUUCAGUUGAACGACAAAUUUCGUUUGACAAAAGUUAAUCACGGCCCAAAAACCAUUCAACACGUUCAUUGGGACGAUAACGACAAAUCGAAUUGUUAUCAGCUUGAAAUUAGCUGUGCUUAAGACAUCUGACUUUCUUUCUCUUUUAAAAUGAAUAAAUCUAUUGCUUUUUUACCUUUUUUCGUGCAUAAA